UAUCGGAGUUGCCAAACCCGACGCCCGCUGAGCUGCCCGAUAAUAGUUGAUCCUUCAUUAAGAAUCCAACUAUUGGAGUAAAUAAUAUCAUUUUUGUAUGUUUACUGCAUUCCUCUUUCCCUGCAAAUUCCAUUCAUGGCCUUCCCUGGCGAGGUCGGCUUGCAGUUGCUGCUUUCCCCCCUUGGUUCCAACGUAGUUGUCCGAACAGCUUGUUUGCAUAUAGACUUGUGGCUGAUGAUCCCCUGUUCUCUGAAGUCUUUAUGUUGCUCAAUUUUGUGCAUAAGGAGUUGUUGCACAGUUGGGCUUGUUUUACCUGUUUACUCAACAUUUAAGGCUAUUGAGAACAAGGAUCAGAAUGAGCAACAAAAGUGGCUUUUCUAUUGGGCAGCCUAUGGAUCUUUUAGCAUAGCAGAAGUGUUUACAGACAAACUACUCUCCUGGUUUCCACUAUAUUACCACGUGAAGUUUGCUUUCCUUGUGUGGCUACAACUUCCAUCAAUUAAUAAAGGCAUGAAAUACCAGCCUGAUGAAGUGCUUGUUUCUGAACAGGGAGCUAGGCAACUGUAUAUGAGCCAUCUGCGCCCAUUCUUACUAAGACAUCAAGCUAGACUGGACCAAAUUGUGGAUCUUGUGUACUCUGAAAUGGGUAAGUUCGUCAGUAAGCAUCAAUCAGAGAUCCAGUUUGCAAGCGCCCUUAGUAUCAAGAUUCUGAGAUCAGUUAGGGAAAUUGUUCACCCAAGGCAAACUCAGAUACAUGGUACCAUUGAAGGACCAAGAAGACAAAUACAGGAUGCACCACCUGAUGAUGAUGAUGAUGAUGUUGAAGAGUGAUGCUUACUUUAUAAGAUGCUUCAGUAUUAUUAUGUAGGAUGCCAGAAUUUUGGUUUUAGAGAAAGAGAAGUAGGUCUGAUAAUAUUUUUCACAUUUUUUAUUGCCUUAAUGUAAAUGCUAUUUCGCUUGCUUCCAUGAGCUCAAAUCUUUUUUAAUUAAAUUUCUUUCCCUCUGGUUUAUCUGCGUUGUAAUUACACAUUACUGUUUAAGAUCUUUGAAACCUGUUGUGUCAUCAACAAAAGUCGGUUGAUGGAUUUACUUGUAUAUGAAUAUCUUGGAUAUAUGAAAUCAAACAUUCAGAAACA